AUGGCGACCUCCGGCGAUCGACGGCGACUUCCGGUGGCGUCCGGCGGCAGCCAGCGACAGACAGCUAGAAGUCCAUAUUGGAGAGACUUAGUUACAUCUAUUGCAAAUUCUAACUUGACUGGGUAUGUUCCCCCUAGUUCUGAAAGGCUUCGCACUUUCAUAGCGGCUCUAAAGAGUAUAUGCAAUCCACCAAGUAAAGAGCAAGAUCCUCAUGCUUAUGAAUUAUGUUCGUGGAUUGAAGACUUGGAAAAGGAUGUGAGGAACAUCAGAAAUUUCAUAGUAAAUCAUCAACAUGCACUUUCCAUUUAUAACAAGCAUUCUGAUCUAAAAUUAUUAAGAGUUGCAGAGACACGUUUUGCAUCUCUAAUUGUUAUGGUCAAAAGGAUAAAAAGGGUGAAAAGUGCAUUGAUCAGUAUGGUGACUGAUGAUGAUUGGAGUUUCUACCGUGCUGAUGAUGAUGACAAAGCUCAAGCAAUCAAAGGAAUGAUUCUUGAAGACAAGUGGUGGGAUCAAAUCUUUUAUUUUCUUGCAUUCACAGAACCGAUCUGGGAGAUGUUGAGAGUUCUUGAUUGUGAUAAUUCAACGUUGCACUGUGUGUAUGAGAUGUGGGACACUAUGAUUGAAAAAAUCCAAGAGGUUAUUUUUAAGCAUGAAAAAAAAAGUAUUGCACUUGAAGAUUCAGCAUUUUUUGAUCAUGUGCAUAGAAUAUUGAUUGCAAGAUGGGAUAAAAGUAGCAAUCCUCUUCAAUGCAUGGCACAUACAUUAAAUCCUAAAUAUUAUGGAAAAAAGUGGCUUACAGGGGGUGUUGGAAGAACCCCACCACAUCUGGAUCUAGAAUUAUCAACAAACAGAGUAGCAUGUAUUAAUAGGAUUUUCAUUGAUGUACAUCAAAAUCGCCGAGCUAAUGAUGAGUUUGAAAGGUUUUCUACUGGAAUUGGAGAAGAUGUAGGUGCAACUGUAGACAAAGAUAAUUAUCCAUCUUUAUCUUGGUGGAUUAAACAUGGAACUGCUUAUCCUACUCUUCAAUACCUUGCUUUCAGAUCAUGCUGUGAGAGAAAUUGGAGUACAUAUUCACAAAUCCACACUAUAAAACGAAAUAAUCUCACAAGCAAACGUGCAGAAAAUCUGGUUUAUGUGCAUUCUAACCUUCGGCUUCUAUCACGGAACAAAGAAGAAUAUAGGGAAGGAGAAACUAAAUAUUGGGACGUGAAUGUUGAGGACUUUAACUUAGAACAAGAGAAUGAACUUGAAGUUGUUAAUUCAAGAUUCGAAGAACCUUGUAUUCCCUCAACAUCUUCUAUUGUGGAAGAAUAG